GACAAGCAAAUACAUUUCAGUCUCUCUUACCGGAGUGCUACAACAUAAAGACAUGUAACAUGAAUACUACUACUACUCUACUGAGGACUAAAAGACUAUGACCACAUCACUUCUUUAAACACUGCUGUGGUGUCAAAUCUGAGGUACUAAAGAACUCACUAAACAGAAAUCUGAGAUGUCUCCAGAAAAAGGUAAAGGGAGAGCACAGUUCACAAGCUACCGUGACUGGAUGGCGCAACUACCUGUUGAACUUCACAACACUCCUCUCUUUAAUCUGGCCAUACCAGGAAGUCAUGACUCAAUGAGUUAUGAUUUGGACAUCAACUCAUCUAUAAUAGAGCCUGAUAAACUGAAAAAACUCAGCAAGAUUUAUUGUGCACGUAAAAUAGUGAGGAAGUGGGCCGUCACUCAGGAGGAGACCAUCACAAAGCAACUGGAUGCAGGAGUUCGUUACCUUGACCUGAGGAUUGCUCGCAAGGCAAAUGAUACCGACCCCACAAGGCUUUACUUUUAUCAUGGGCUGUACACACGGACUGAUGUGGAGACUGUUCUCAAGGAGAUAAAUGACUGGGCAGAGAAGCACCCCAAAGAGAUCGUCAUCCUGGCUUUGUCCAACUUCAAAGGAUUUGACAAAAAUAUUAAAGAGCAGCUCCACAACCAUCUUAUCAACUUCAUCAAGACCUUGUUUGGAGCCAAACUCUUCCUAAGAAUGAACAUCCCUACCCUGAAGCGCUGCUGGGACCAAGGCAGAAAUGUCAUAGUUUCAUAUGAUUAUCCUGCAAAUCAGCACCCUGAGAUAUGGGGUAAAAUAAAAUAUUACUAUGGCAAAAGUAUGGACCCUGCAAAAGUUGAAUCAGAGCUCUGCUGGGUUUUGGAGACACCAAGGCCUAAUCCGUCUUUCUUCGUGUGUGGCUUGAACCUGACUCUGCCAGAUGAUGCCAGGAUACUCAAGUACAUCCUUCGCCUCUGUGACAGGUUCACCAACGUUGUGCUGAGGAGUCUCCCAAAGCUGCUGAACUGGGUGAAACAGCAAGCUUGCAAAACACCGAUGAACAUUGUUGCCUCAGAUGUAGUGACUCGUGACAACUUUAUCCCAACAAUUGUCCAGCUCAAUAUUUCCAAAUAAGUGGAAAAGGGUGGAAAGGGACCUGAUUUGUGAUUUAUUCUGCUACUUUAAAAAAAAGUCUGUUUAUUCUCUUGAUCUCUCUUACUCCUCUGGUGUAUUUAUUACAAGAUCUAACACAAGCGAUUGUUUAGUAUUCCAGUUCCUGUUGAUGCGCCAUCAUGUGUCAGUUUGUGAUAUUGCAAUAAAGUGUUCACCUCA